UUCAUUGUCUUCCAGGUAAAAUGGUUAUUUGCUUUAAUUGGUAGUGAAUUCCUGAAGUGAUGUUUUUUUUAAACUGAACUAGCUAUAAAUGUCUGACAAACUACGGAUAAAAUUCAGAGGAAGUUUGUUAGGACUGUGAGGCUAAACCACAAAACCUUUAUACUUUUCAACUUUACUGAGCUAAUUUAUUUGUGAGAACACACCAGGUGAGAUGACUCUAGCUAUUUCUAUUAUUACUAAUACUAAUAAUAUCACUAUGUAAUUGUUCUUAUGGUAUGUGUCAUAUAAUGGAGGCAAAGGCAGAUGCAAGUGUAGUUUAGUGUUUAAUGAAAAAACAAACAACACAGAUAAUGUAAACUUUGACACAGAAAAACAUGAACUAGAACUAAAACAUACAUGGACUAAAGAACAUAACAAAACCACUUUACAGCAGUAGAAGACAAAAGCUAGACAAGAGGUGCAUUGCAAGAUGUGAAUUAAAUAUUAUUGUUCAUUAACAUAAAUUUGACACAGAUGCAGGAAGUUAUGUGAUGUGAUGCAGUGGAGUUUAGUGGCUGACAGGAAAUGUAGACAAGUGCCGAUUCUGGCUUAACCCUGACAGUAUGAAACAUUUAGUAGUGGUAAUUAUCUGACUGUUCUUUCUCCUUGUAAUUUUUGACAGCUAUGGAGGGCAAAAUCAUUGAAAUAGCAGCCGUAGGAAGGGCUUUGCAUCCUGGCAUGUUGUAUGACUGCCGCAGUGAUUCUGUCAUUCCAGGUAAACAUAUUACAUAAUAUUGCUUAUUAUUACUAAAUGCAGAACUAUUUACAUAAUGUCUGGUAGGCUUUAAAUUCACACUGUUCUGGAAGGAAACUUGUAAAAUAUGACAAUUUAUUUUAAAGACAUGUUGUGUGACAGAAGUAUCAGUUGCAGUCUUUCCCUAAUUUCAGGUAUUUCUCUAUGGGAUAAUGAAACAAUAAAGAAGGGUGUGGUUUCUCAUCGACAACCCAAGACAGAUCUGAAGUUCACUGCUUCUGAUUCUCUCAGUGAGAAAGCCAAACUCCUAGAUGUGAGCGCCUCCCUUACAGCUAGCAUCCUGGGUGGUUUAGUGGAUGUUGGCGGCUCAGCCCGGUUCUUAAGUGAUAACAAAUCCUCAACACGUCAGAGCCGGGUUUCUCUGCAGUACAGCCAGACAACAAGACAUGACCAAUUUACUAUGGACCGCAAUAUCACCUAUCCAAAAGUGUUUGAAGAUAGAACUGCCACUCAUGUUGUUACUGCUGUACUGUAUGGAGCUCAGGCUUUCAUGGUGUUCGAUCUAACAGCCAAUGAGAAUGAAGACAAAGAGGAAAUUGAGGGAACCUUAAAUGUAAUGGUCAAAAAUAUUCCUUUUAUUGAUAUCGAGGGAGCUGGAGGUCUAAAAAUGAGUGACAGUGAAAAAAAAUUAGCUGAUAAUAUUAGUUGUACAUUUUAUGGUGACUAUGAACUUGAGCAGAACCCCACCACAUACAUAGAGGCCCUCCAGCUGUACAAGGAGCUUCCAUCUCUGCUGAGGAAGCGGGAGAAUGAUGCAGUACCAAUGAAGGCUUGGCUUUAUCCCCUUGCACGUUUGAGUAAAAAAGCAGCUACACUGGAGAGGGAAAUUCAGAAGACACUGAUCACUAAAACAGAAAUCUUAUUGGAGGAACUGCGAAAUGCAGAGACUCAAUGCAAUGACCUGAUUACAAACACAACAAUAAAUGAUUUCCAGGAUGUGAGACGAAGGGUGAAGACAUUGCAGGCAUUGCUAGAAGUCUACAAGGUGAUUUUUCUAAAAGCGCUGUAUAGGCUCAUUCCUGCUAUUCGGGGUGGAACAGAGCAGGAUCAGGCACUAUCAGACAUCAUAGCCAUCCAUCAGAAGUCUCCCUUUAGAGCAGAGAAACUGAAUCAGUGGUUUGAGAACAAUCAGAGUGAAUUACAUCUGCUGAAUCUCUAUACUCAGCAACUGAGUGGUGUCCCCAUUGUAAAAUACUCAGCUCUGUUGAGCAACAUUCUCAUAGACCCCAGUGUUGACACUGUAGUGUGCUUCUGCUUCACCUCUCUGAAAUAUGAAGACCCAGAUUUGUCAAUUCUAACAAAACUUUUGAAAGUGGAUAAAUUUGAAAACCUGGAAACAGUUCCAGAGUCAGCUGAACAAUUGUGGUUCCAUAAUCCUGAAUUAAGUGAGAAGAUGAAAGACAGCAUUUGUCUCUUCAGAAGUUUUUUCCAAGCUAAUAAAGAUGACACACAAAUCAGGUUUGUCAUUGUGUCAGUCUCAGACCACUCCAAUCCUGGAAUCUCCACCCGUCUUUAUAGAAAAGGGAAAAUGGUGAACAACGCGUUUCAACCUGUGUCCAAACCACCUGCACCCACAGUGAACAUUCAGGACCGAAAUAUGAUCCUGAAGCUACAGAAGUCCCCAACUGGAUCGACAUUGCGGUUCAGAGUGGAAUACAGGAUAACAGAGGCCACUGAUUCAGAAGCUGAUGUGGAAAAAUGGGAAGUCACAGAGACUCCAGAUGCUCAGGAGAACUUCACACUGACUGGAGUUAAGCCUGCAAACCAAUAUUGGGUUCGGUACAGAGCUAUUAGUGAAGUUGGAGUGAGUGAAGCCAGCGACUCUGUCCUCUUCUUUCGCCAGGGAAAAUUAAAAUUUUCUUUGGGCCAGAAUUGGGUCAGUUAUCUUUUUACAUUUGUACUAUUUUCUUUUCAUGCAUGUAUGAUUUUUGACCAUUAAUUUUCUAGUAAAAUGGAA